CCCCUGUACCACUUCCUUAGCUACUCUCUUCGUACUAUCUGCUUUUGAAAUGUUUUAUCUUCCGGAUACAAUGACGAUAUGGAUACCUACGCUCAGGCUUAAUUUCUAUACUUCUGAUUCGUCCUAGAGAGGAAACUCGCAGCACGGAACAAAGCCUGAAUUUAUUGGGCGCCAAAGUGCCGUUACUUUCUAGUCGCCUUCCAGCAAUGGCUAUGGUGAAGCUUCCUCAUAAUAAACGACGAAAGCUUUCGACGUCGCCAAAGCUCCCAUCCAUGCCUUCACCACCAAUGAUUUUUUCUCAUCCUUCUGCUAAUCCCAAGAAUGCAGCAUUGACAUGUUCCUCGUGCCACCGCCAUGCGCAAAACGCGUCGAGAUCAUUUAUUGUGUUUUGUGCAAGGUGUGGGUCCCCGACAUGUACGAUUUGUUCUCGAACGUGUAGUGCAUCAACUCCUUCCGCUACUCAUUUGAACUGGGGGCCUUCUACGAAUACUGGGCCUAAUUCAAAUCCCCUUCGACAACCCCAGUCGCAAUCACUUCAGCGGUUUGCGUUGACCCUUAACUCUGCCAAUACGAAUAUAGCUGGGUAUGCUAACGCUGUUGGAAAGAGGAAGAAAUCAAAGGACGAUGAUUCACUAUCAGAAAGAGAUUGCGCGAUACGGCUUGAACAUGUGAAUGAGAGUGGAGAAGCUGAACUCGGUGGAAGUUGCGGACGGACGGUGUGCAAAAGUUGUUGUUUCGAAAGUAAUCUAAACGACAAUGUCACUUGUUAUGACUGUUAUGGAGGUUUUUGAGCUUUCCUCUACUGUAUUUCCAUCGCAGUUUCACUGCACCGCUUCAUGCAUUACGACACUCUA